CAGGACUGGCGGCGGAGCUCGCGCUGAUCUGAACGCUAGACUGUCGCUGACCUUGGUGCUGAAAGCCAUUCACCGCCCUCUAAAGCCACUUAACUGGCACUUCAAUACGAAAAAGUGACAGUACGGGACAGGGAAAUUGGACCUAUUUUUCUUUUAAUCUGUUUUUGAUCACACCUGAUUUUAAUCAGAACUCCGUGUACAUUAAGUUAAAUCUGAGAUGGCAUCGCGUGCCCUUAUCGCGCGCGGGGGAGUUUAUGAGUUUAUAAUUAUGAGUAGACAGAGCCAGACCACUUCUGAUCUCUCACUCGUGUAGGCGGAUUUUUUUUUCCUUCGCUCUGUGAACACCGUCGUGAAUUUUCCCCAUCCGUCUUAUACUGAAUCAUUGAUCCGCUGGGUAUCGCUCCGGUAUGCUCUCUCAUCUCACACUGUGACAUGGUACUUUAACAUUACCUGGAAGAAACGAGGGAAUUUCACAUUUGGACAUGGAGACUCCGAGGGAGCCUGCUGGUUUUAGCAAAGAGGGGCUGAAGCAACUAGCGGGGAAGACACUGGGGCACGUGUACAGGGUGAUAGAAAAGCGGCAAAAACCUGGUGAGAACAUUGAACUGACCGAGGAUGGACGGCCUGCUCAGAUCAACGAGAGAAAAGCACCUUUGUGCGACUGUACGUGCUUCGGACUUCCGCGCCGCUACAUCAUCGCCAUAAUGAGCGGCCUCGGUUUCUGUAUCUCCUUCGGUAUUCGGUGCAACUUAGGCGUGGCCAUAGUGAGCAUGGUGAACAACAGCACCAUUCACCUGAACGGAAAGAUCAUCAUCAAAGAGAAAGCAAAGUUUAACUGGGAUCCGGAAACAGUUGGAUUGAUUCAUGGCUCGUUUUUCUGGGGUUAUAUCGUGACGCAAAUUCCCGGAGGAUACAUUUCUUCUAGACUGGCGGCAAACAGGGUUUUUGGCGCGGCGAUUCUCCUCACGUCCACUCUGAAUAUGUUCAUCCCCUCAGCUGCACGUUUUCACUAUGGUUGCGUCAUAUUCGUCAGGAUACUUCAAGGGCUUGUGGAGGGUGUGACCUACCCAGCUUGUCAUGGGAUCUGGAGUAAGUGGGCCCCUCCACUGGAAAGAAGUCGUCUGGCCACAACCUCCUUCUGUGGUUCCUAUGCUGGGGCUGUCAUUGCCAUGCCACUGGCUGGAAUCCUGGUGCAGUACACUGGCUGGUCAUCUGUUUUCUAUGUCUAUGGCUGCUUUGGGAUUUUCUGGUACAUGUUCUGGAUCUUGGUGUCAUAUGAGAGCCCGGCUGAACACCCCACCAUUACGGCUGAGGAACGCUGCUACAUUGAGGAGAGUAUCGGAGAGAGUGCUAAGCUGCUAGGACCUGCAGAUAAAUUCAAGACACCUUGGAGGAAGUUUUUCACAUCCAUGCCCGUCUAUGCAAUCAUCGUUGCCAACUUCUGCAGGAGUUGGACCUUCUACCUGCUGCUCAUCAGCCAGCCCGCAUACUUUGAGGAGGUGUUUGGUUUUGAGAUUAGCAAGGUUGGCAUGUUGUCAGCUCUGCCCCAUCUGGUGAUGACCAUUAUUGUGCCCAUUGGGGGACAGCUAGCCGAUCACCUUCGCAGCAAAAACAUCCUGUCUACAACUACGGUUCGAAAGAUCAUGAACUGCGGAGGUUUUGGGAUGGAGGCCACUCUGUUGUUGAUUGUUGGUUAUUCGCACAGUAAAGGAGUGGCUAUUUCAUUCCUGGUGUUGGCUGUCGGCUUCAGUGGAUUUGCAAUAUCAGGUUUCAAUGUGAAUCAUUUAGACAUUGCUCCUCGCUAUGCCAGUAUCCUCAUGGGCAUCUCUAAUGGAGUGGGAACGCUGUCAGGAAUGGUGUGUCCUCUUAUUGUGGGAGCAAUGACUAAACACAAGACCCGAGAAGAGUGGCAGUAUGUGUUUCUUAUCGCUUCUCUGGUGCACUAUGGUGGCGUAAUCUUCUAUGGCAUCUUCGCCUCUGGGGAGAAGCAGCCAUGGGCAGACCCAGAGCUCACCAGUGAUGAGAAGUGCGGCUUCAUUGAUGAAGACGAGCUGGCGGAGGAGACAGGCGACAUCACACAGAGCUACGGUGCCCUCGGAGCUCCAGCCAAGAGUUACGGUGCCACCACACAGCUAAACGGAGGAUGGGCUGAAGGAUGGGAUAAACGAGAGGAGUAUGUGCAGGACGGGGUGGAGGAAGGGGGUUAUGGAUACAGGCAGGGUGGAAAUUAUUCUUAGGUCUUGAGAAGACACACUAUAUGACGAAGACACACACACAAACACACAAACAGAAACAUGCCAGCCGAUUUGAAUGUUAUCACUCGAUUGAAUGGGUGUUAUCAGUGGUUAUCAGUUGAUAGAUUUGGGCCAGUAGCGGCCUUAUGCGCCUACUAGUAGGCUCAGGAGGCUGUUAUCAUACAACCUUAUGGUUAACUACUAGAUCACAUACGGCUGUGGUCGGAACUUAACGAGAAUCAUUUUUAUUAUUUAUUAAAUUUCCAAUUAAUUGUAUUUUAUUAACGUCUACCCCAAUCCUAAACCCAGCCGUCACAGUAAUGUAAAAACAGAUGUAGAUCUGGAGUCUUCUCUAUUAGUACAGCGGAU